AUGAAAUCACAAGACGAGUUUUCCGACCUGGACAGCUCGGUGGACGAUUUCUCUGUUCCCAGCCCAAAUUCAAAGUGCAUGGAUUAUCUUCGUAAGAUUCCGGCACAAAGUAAAGGGCGAAACUAUGAACCACGGGAAUCAGAGCGCCCAGUUUCUGCUGCGGCUAGUCUACCGAAAAUUGAGCUCGCUCGCUUGUUAGGCCCACUUGGAAGUGUUGUCACUUACGCUUUUCUGGAUAGCGGGUCUGAUACAACCUUGAUGUCUGCAAACGUGGCGCGGUCUCUGGGUUUGUUUGGUGCCCCCGUUCAAAUGCAUGACACACCUGUGGGCGGAACAAACGUUCAGAAUUCGACUGAGAUAACUGUUGACGUUGAAUCCCUCGAUGGCUCAUAUUGUGCGAAAAUUGACGAUGUUCACACUGUUGACGUGCUCCGUGAAAAGAGCAUGCGUCCCGUCAGAGGCUCAACUGAAAGGAUGGCCACACCUUGA